ACCGCCCCCUUGGUCCCCCCGGCAGCAGGCGGCCGCGACCAUGCCCCUCAGCGUCAGCCUCGCCAGCCGAAACUACGACCUGGACUACGACUCGGUGCAGCCGUAUUUCUACUGCGACGAGGAGGAGAACUUCUACCAGCAGCAGCAGCAGAGCGAGCUGCAGCCGCCGGCGCCCAGCGAGGACAUCUGGAAGAAAUUCGAGCUGCUGCCCACCCCGCCCCUGUCCCCGAGCCGCCGCUCCGGGCUCGGCUCGCCCUCCUGCGUGGCCGUCGCCUCGCCCUUCCACGCCCCGGGGGACGGCGGCGGCUUCUCCACCGCCGACCAGCUGGAGAUCGUGACCGAGCUGCUGGGCGGCGACAUGGUGAACCAGAGCUUCAUCUGCGACCCGGACGACGAGAGCUUCAUCAAGAACAUCAUCAUCCAGGACUGCAUGUGGAGCGGCUUCUCGGCCGCCGCCAAGCUGGUCUCGGAGAAGCUGGCCUCCUACCAGGCGGCGCGCAGGGACGGCGAGGACGAACACGAGGACGAGGAAAUCGACGUCGUCUCCGUGGAGAAGCGGCAGCCCCCGGCCAAGGGGUCGGAGCCGGGGUCCCCCCCCGCCGGAGGCCCCAGCAAGCCGCCCCACAGCCCGCUGGUCCUGAAGCGCUGCCACGUCUCCACCCACCAGCACAACUACGCGGCGCCCCCCUCCACGAGGAGGGACUCUCCCCCUGCCAAGCGGGCCAGGUUGGACAGCGUCCGGGUCCUGAGGCAGAUCAGCAACAACCGGAAAUGCUCGAGCCCCAGGUCCUCGGACACGGAGGAGAACGACAAGAGGCGGACACACAACGUGCUGGAGCGCCAGCGGCGGAACGAGCUGAAGCGGAGCUUCUUCGCCCUGCGCGACCAGAUCCCGGAGCUGGAAAACAACGAGAAGGCCCCCAAGGUGGUGAUCCUGAAGAAGGCCGCCGUGUACAUCCUGGCCGUCCAGGCGGAGGAGCAGAAGCUGGUUGCGGAAAAGGGUUUGUUGCGCCAGCGCCGCGAACACUUGAAACACAGGCUCGAACAGCUGCGGAACUCUUGUGCGUAAGCGGAGCGGCUGCUGGGGGCGGGCCGGGACCACCUGGAGCUCUGGCUCGGGGCGGAGGGACAGCCCUCCGACCGAACUGCCGCCCCCCGUGACCUGCGAACAGACUUCGAAUGCAUGUGCAAGUGCAACCUCACAACCUUGGCCGGGCCUUCGGACUGAAAGGUGUGGCCAUAAUGUCAACUGCCUCAGAUCGGACUUUGGGCAUAAAAGAGCUUUUUUUAUGCUUGCCAUUCUAUUUGGUUUUUUCCCUUUUUCUUUAACAGAUUUGUAUUUAAGAGUUGUUUUUUAAAAAUUCUAAGAUUUACCCGAUUUUUCUGUGUACAGAUGGCCAUUAAAUGUAAAUAACUUUAAUAAAAACGUUUAUAGCAGUUAUACGAGAUUUCAAAACCAUGUAUUAUAAACCAUGAUUUUUUUUUUAUUUAAGUACAUUUUCCUUUUUAAAGUUGAUUUGUUUUUCUAUUGUUUCUAGAAAAAAUAAAAGACUUGGCAAAUAUAUAAUUGA